AGGAAUCCCCAACAGACAACAGAGAGUGCUGUGCUGUGAGCGAGCGAAUCAAAAGGCCAUCGCGAAGAAAAAUUGAUUCUUGUGGUUGACUGGCAAGUGAAUUUAGUGUCAAAAACGACGACGAAUAGAAGGUUUUUGGAUCGGGAAUUGCGCGGUGCUUGAGAUUGUCUCGUUUGUUAGUUGAAAAUUUGUGGACGAAAACUGUUUAUCGGUGCAAUUACUGUCUUUUACGGUGAACCCAAUUGUUCCGAGACUUCGAUGAAUCAUGUUCCAGAGCCUCCGGGAUCGAACCAGACGUAAAAAAUGCAUAUAAUUCUUCCUGCUGGAGUUUCGGAUCAGCCUUCAGUAGAACCUUAGAUUAAUCGUACAACCGUUAUAGGAAAAGGAAAAUUCUUGCUAGCAAAAGUACCAGCAUAAACCAUGCAGUCUGAGGGCGGAGGCGGUCAUCAUCACGAUCAUCAGGACCUCAAGUAUUCGCAGAGCAGCGCCAGUGUGAGUGCUGCUAGCAGUGCUUUGUCGCCGCCAGAUUCUUCGCUCGAUGAUCUGGAGUACGAAGAUUUGGAAGCAGGACCGUGUAGUGCUGGCAGAGCGGACGGUCCCGAGUCGAUCGGGAGUGUUGGCACGGGAGGAGGAGUUGUAAAGAAGCCGCACUUUUUGGAUUACGAUAAUAAACCACCGGCCGGGUUGGAAGAUCAGGUGGUGUUCGUUGGUGGACUUUCGCGGAACCGAACCCGGGGUGCCGUCGAUGAGAAUAGCAUUUCUCAAAGUGUAACGAUUGAAAAACAUGUAGCCCCGGCAGAUGAUAAUGUACAUGCAGGAACAUGGCCCUCGUCGAAUGGCGCCAAACAGAAGAAGAUUAGCGUCGAGAGUUCGUCAGAUAUAUGUCCCAAAAUGGAAUGCGUAUAUUCGCUGCUUUCAAUGUUGGGAUCAAACAAUUCGUUGGAAAUGUCAACGAAAUUUAUGGAACUGUCUAGAAAUCGUGAAACAUGCAGUGCUUUAAGACGAUCGGGAUGCAUUCCCUUAUUGGUACAGAUCAUUCACAAUGAUCAGAAUGACACUGCCCGAAGGAAUGCUCGUCAUGCGCUAAGCAAUGUGAUCUGUUGCCAUCCGGAUGAUAAAGCCGGACGGAGAGAAGUCAAGGUCUUGAGACUAAUCGAACAACUCAUCGACUAUUCGGAUUUGUUACGAGAUUAUGCCGAACAGGAAAGUUUGGAGGAAAAUCCGGAAACAGUUGAAGAUCCGGAAAAGCAUCCUAUUCAGUCAAUCACCACCCUGAUGAAAAUUAGUUUCGAUGAAGAGCACCGGCACGCUAUGUGCCAGUUGGGAGCCCUUCAAACUAUUUCCACGUUGAUCCAUCUGGAUCAUGCAGUUCACGGGGCAAACCCCACGGCCCCGAAAUGUGUUACUAUGCGACGGUAUGCCGGCAUGAUCCUGACCAACCUAACCUUUGGAGAUGGCAACAAUAAAAGUCUGCUUUGCUCAAAUAAAAAUUUUAUGCGUGCUCUGGUUGCACAGAUAGAAUCCAGCAGUGAUGAGCUGGUUCAGGUCACGGCUUCCGUUUUGCGAAAUUUAUCGUGGCGCGCAGAUUCCAUUAUCAAGCAGACUUUAAGCGAAAUAGGAACUGUACGCAUUCUAACCCAAGCAGCAAUGGUUUGCACAAUCGAAAACACUUUAAAAGCGAUUCUAUCGGCACUGUGGAAUCUUUCCAGCCACUGUUCCCCAAAUCGUUCGGAGAUCUGUGAAGUCGAAGGGGCCCUAGAAUUUCUAAUAGAUAUGCUCAGCUAUCAGGCUCCCAGCAAAACGAUGAGUGUUAUUGAGAAUGCCGGCGGUAUUCUGAGAAAUAUUUCUUCACAUAUUGCACUGCGUGAGGAUUAUCGCAAAAUUUUGAGGAAAAAGAAUUGUUUGAAGAUUCUGCUGGAGCAGCUUAAAAGUCCCAGUUUGACUGUGGUGAGCAACGCCUGUGGCACUCUUGGCAAUCUGUCGGGAGACAAUUACGAAGAUCAACGUUUUCUAAGGGAAAAUGGAGCCAUUCCCAUGCUACGUUCACUCAUCUAUAGCAAACAUGAACGAAUUUCCAACGGAAGCAGUAUGGCAUUGAAAAAUCUUUCUAAACCUAUCGCUUCGAUGAUGAGCAGCAGUGGUGGUUCCAGUCUCAACAACACUUCCCGUUCCUUGGCGGCUUUCUCAGUAGAUGCUACAACACGAGAGUUGCCUAGCCUAAAUGCGCGCAAGAAGAAAGCUCUGGAGCAAGAGCUGGAGGAUAAGUUUCUCCCGAAAACCGGUGAUUUCUGUCGUGAGGAAAAAGAAGUUUGCGCAACAAGCAACGAAGAUUCCCCAGUAGACGACGAAGAAGAAAUCGACGAAGAUGCCGUUAGUCAUAGCGGGGUGAUAUUGGUGGUUGAAGAAAGAAAAGCGACUUCCCAAGAAGAGGAAGAAGACUCAGAAAAACCUGUCAAUUAUAGCCUGAAAGAAGAAGAACCCUAUCAGGACUAUCAAGAGACGGAUAUUGACCAAAUUACGGACUACUCCUUACGAUACGGCGAGAAUCAAUCGGAGGAAGAAUCCGAAGAAGAAAACAACCUUCGCACUGCAAACCCAACUGGUGGAAUUUUAAUGGCUGAGGAUACUAUCAAGUGUUACUACACCGAGGGGACACCGCAAAUAAUUUCCAGUGCCACUUCGAUGAGUGAUCUGAGGGUGCAGAUGACCGGAGAGAAAAACCAACCGGCGACCGCUCAAUCGAAAGAAGAAAUUCGACAGGGCACCAUGACCAAAUCUCGUCCGAUACCAAUUAUAACAACUGGUGGAAAUAGUAGUGGGGCCGGGAAUCGAACAAGCAAUCAACAGCAGCAGCCACAACAACAGCAAUGUUUGGAAGUGCAUGGGGUUGAAAGCAAUGACACCGGUUGCAAUACCCCGGACAAGCCGUACAACUACUGCGAGGAAGGUACACCGGAUUUCAGCCGCGAUGCUUCACUGAAUGCUAUUGAUAUGAGUGAAGAUAGGAAUCAAAAGCUCGCAGAAAAACCCCCGGAAGGGGAACCGCUAUCCGGUCAAGGAACGACACCGGUCACUCCCAGUACCCAAACUAAGCAAGUUUCCUUCCUGAACACAGCGGAAGAAACGCCGCUUAUGUUUUCUCGAACCAGCUCGAUGGGUUCACUGUCCAGUGCGGAACCAGUCUGUACUGCUGAUGAUAAGAGCUCUAUCAUAAGCGAGUUUAGUCGAUUCGCAUCAGGGGUAAUGUCUCCUUCGGAACUUCCGGACUCACCAACACAAAGUAUGCCGCAUUCUCCUAAGCGUGCAACAGUGGUUCCAAAGAUGGUUCGUCAUGUAGAAGGGGGACCAGCUGAGCCACCACCGGUUAAGAGCGCCUUCGAGGAUACCAUCAGUAAAUUUAACGUUGAGAAUACUCCUGCUGCAUUUUCCUGUGCGACUAGUUUGAGCAAUUUAAGUAUUCAUGAUGAGGAGAAGGAAGAUGAGGAAUCUAAACCAGUGAUUUCUGAAGCAGAGGUUAAACAGGGCCCUCCGGUUUUGCCAAUGCCAGAAGCGUCCGUUUCGGAAGACGAUGGUGAUUCCGAAGGUGGUGAUGAUGAUUUGUUGCUCGAGUCAUGUAUCAGCAUGGGUAUGAGUGGUUCGAGGAAACAAGAUAGGAUCAAGGUAGAGGAAAGGACUGCUGCUGCACCCAUGAUUCCAACAUCGCAUGGGCCAGAAGAUUCAUUGCAACAGUUUUGCACCGAGGACACUCCAGCUCAUUUGUCGAAAGCUCCAAGUAACUGCGAUUUGAGCGUACUGUCAUUCAACACUAGGAACGGUCACGAGUCGGACGAAAGUUCGAAUGUUUCCGACCAGAACGAUAAACUGCUAGAGGAAUGCAUACGGAGUGGUAUGCCGCAACCGAAGAACGCUAAACGAUCUCCGUUGGGAACUAUGGGUGUGGUGAAUGAUUUGUCAUUGCCUGCGAUGGGGAAAGAAAAUCCCAUCAGAAUGAUGCGGAAUCCUACACACCUUGAACCCCUAUAUGCAAACGAUGAAAUGAAUAAAUUCUAUAUGGAAGACAGUCCAUAUGCUUUUUCAACGGUUUCGGCUUUGUCCGACUUGACCGUAGCAUCAGAGACGGCAGCACAGAAGGUUAAUCGUAUUUCCACAUUGAAGGGCAAAGAACCAAUUCAAUCAACUGAUGCUCCUAUCAGGGUGUCCGGUGGCAAUGAUUCUCUAAGUUCUCUGUCAAUAGAAUCCGAUAAUGACGAGCAUUUACUGGAUGAAGCGAUUGCCGCUGGAAUUGGUGCAUCGUCUGCUAAAGCGAAGAAAACGGUAGCUGAAUUCGGGCAAAAUGCAGCACAUCAUCCGCAGCCGGCAAACCGAAUGACUGUAGCGGCAGUGGAUGCCAACGAUUCUUUAGAUUCUAUUGAUUCGGUUGAAUCUAACGAUCCGCAAAGCAAUUCGCUGCUGGAGCAGUGUAUCGAAAAUGGUAUGAAGAAACACGAAGAAAAAGGCUUCGAACUGCGAGCUGGAAUGAACUUUGUUCAGGCUGGAUUGAGGGCAGCAGUGACAUCGGCGAUGCCAAUGACGGUGACAGCUCCAGACGAAAGCAUACCUGACUCGGAUCGGGACUAUGAACUGCUGAUGGAAUGUAUUCAAAGUGGAAUGCCUAAAAGCAAGAACAGUCAGCUGACAGCGGAACUUACGCGGAACAUGCAAAAAAUGUCAAUAAGCAACAAUCAAGUUUCCCAGCAGCAUCAGUCGAUUCCAAAAAACGUGCAAGCUACGCCUGUGGUUACGAAGGAUCCCGGGGCCACCAACGUAAUGUCAGCAGGCGUAGUAGCCACAACAACCACCAACACAUUAUCAACAGCAGCAGCAGUAGACAUAACUCUGGCGGAAGAAAACAUCAUCAUUCGUCCAGUUCCUCAGCCACGAUCGCGACCACAGGCACCAGCCGUCACAGAUCGUACCACCAUCACCACCAACAACAUCACCACCAAAUCCAACACCAGACAUCCGCCGGAAGCGUCCCCUCGCAUCACUACCCGUUUUCCGGUGGAAGAGACCAUCACCACAGCAGUAGCUACCAUUCCCACCAUCACCACAAGAAGCGGACCAAUUCAGCAGCAGCAGCAGCGGCCAGUUCAGCACCUGCCACAAGUAGUCAGUUUUUCUUCUCCCAUGGCGGAAGCGCAGCAGGUGGCGGAAGUGGCUCAUCCGGCGGUCACAACGGAACAGAGUGGAUAUGAUGGUGGCUCCACCAGUAUUUCCAUAAUGGACCGUUCGAACGAAUUCCCAGCGGCAGCCGUAUGCGGAUCUACGGUAUCGUCUAAUCUCCUGUCGAACAGCACGAGUGAAAUGAUGCAAGUCUCUAAUGAAUUCAUGAUCGAAGAGCCACCGAGUACGGCUUCAGAUUUCAGUCCUAUUUUGCGCCGUGAUAAACACAAAGACCCCGACCUGAUGCUGAAGUCGGUCGAACGUCUUACUCAGGAACUAGUAUCAACUGCCGAAUACCUGAGGAUGGCAUCGUCAACAACAUCGGAUAAAAAGGGAGAGGGAACAUGGGAUGAAGACAUCACGACCACCAACGAAGUGUCGUUCCCGAGUUUGAGCGUACAGGCUCCGCACAUUCAACAUUCUGUUUCAUCUGGUGGAAUCGAGGACGACGAUACAGCUACCAUCAGUGAUGAGGUUGAUUCCAAAGCUCUGGACGCUUUGGAAGAACAAACUCCGAUGAAUGAAUCGAAACCGCUACCGGGAGCGUUUAAUGGUCAUCAACUGCAGCAAGAAAUUCAUUUCCAACUGGGUGGAGAAGUUAAACACCUGCCUGGAAUUUCAGGUUUUAGUCCGCCCUAUGGGCAAUUGACCACAACAGCCGAAAACCAUUCCAUCAGUACCGUUUCAACUUUAACGAACUCCACAAUCAUUGCAAUCGAGGCCAGCAAGGUGGCCAACAAUUUGCAAAACUUAGCCAUCGUAGAGAGCGCCGAGUUGGAUUUGAGUAAAGUGAAUCCACCAUUUGGAUCGGAUAGUAUUCUGAUUUCGGAUUGCUCGGAUUCAGAGUUGACGUUUAGAAAUCAUACUCCGACUAAUUUGAACUACAGUGAGCAGCGGAAAUAUUCUUUCCCUUGUGGAUUAGUUGCGAAGAGAGCCCUUGGUCACACGACGUUCAACGACUCGUUGAACUCAUUAAAUAAUCUGGACAGCAUAGGACCACCUUCGAUAAUGGACGAACUGAUGGAUUCGAUGAUCAGCGUAGCGAGUAUUACAUCUGAAAUAGCCGAUCUGGACAGUGGCCAUGCUGGAACGGUUUCGACCGGCUCCGAUGCUAAUAAUUCUUCCGGUAAUUCAAGCUUGACCUUGAAUUCUAGUUUGGAAAAUUUGGUGGUGAAGUUUUCUCCCUGUUUGAAUGCUGCCUUGACUAUUCCGGGAAGUCCGGGUGGAAAAAGUACUCCGAUGAGUCCCAGAAGAGCCGAACGAAGACAAGCUAUGAAGGAUCGGUAUAAGACUUAUACGAUUCCCACCACACAACUUAUCGAUUUGAGUCAAGCUGCCGAAAGUCCAGUUGUUAGUGACGGGUCCGAAGGGAUGACGACACCAACUCCAAGCAUUCCUUCUAGUCCUUCACCGAAAAAGUCAUCAAAGGAACGUCGCCAGGAAAAUAAAUCACGCUAUGAAACUCAAGUUAUCAAUACCAGUCAGUUGGGACCGGCAAUGGUCAAUCAAAUCCCAGUAUCAGAAACUUUGGUCAGCAGUCCACGAACUCCACGAACGACAAUCAUAGCAACGCCAGCGGCUUUUUCUCCUUUAACGCUCCAAUCACCGGCUCCAAUGUCACUCGAGAGAGUUCUUUCACCGGAAAUGGACAAGCAUCUAAAGAACGGAAUCCUCAAUGAUCUAGACGACGAUGAAGAUGAUCCAGCAACUUAUACCGUGCAGGAAGGUGCCCGACGUAAAUCCCUAGAGCAAAGACUUCCAACUGUUCUCCCAGCCACAAUCCAAAAACCUCCAUCAAGUGGUCUUCCAUCGACAAAAUCGUCCCCUCAAUCGAGCCCAAGUAAGAUGCCAACUCCAAUGGCCAAACUACCCAGCAAGCCUAAUCAACCUGCAACGCCAGUCACGAAUCCGGAGGUGGUCAAAGUAGUGCGUGGCACUAAGAAACCCGCAUACGUUUCACCCUAUAGAAAGUCUGUGGUCUCAGCACCGGCUGUCAUCACUCGUACCCCGGCUGUUGGAUCAGGCGUUGGUGCUGGUCGAAAGGAACCGAUGGUCACACCAAAAGUCAAAAGCCAAAACGUGGUGGUGGAUCCACAGAUCAAAACCGGCCGACCACAGCCUCUGAAGGCUCGCAGUAGUCUUGGGUCGAAAAGAAACUCUUUGGAAAUUAACGGUACCGGACAGAUGAAGAACGGUGAUGUUCCCAAAAUACGUGACCGACAAUCAUCGUAUGGGUCGCUUUCGGCCUCAAAAGCGAAGGUCGCUCCUGUAGCAGAACCUCUUCUUAUCCGACAAGGAACGUUCACCAAAGACGAGCCAUCCAAUCUGGAGGUCCCAGUUGUAACUUCUGCACCCACGACUCCGGUUAAAACUCUCCGUAAACCGGGUUCGCUGAUACCCAACUCGGCCUCAUCCUCCCGGCUAUCGUUGAUGGCCCCAAAGACGCGAUUGACCCUCAACAAGAGUAUCAGUGUCCAAGAGUCGGCUCGUACCACACCGAGUACGCCUACAACGGCUGGAACUCCCGCUGGAGAGAGCACUCCGCUGACCAGUCGCUUCCGGCUAACUACGGCCCGAACGUCUCUCGUAGAUUACAAGAAACCCAAUACCGUUGGCCGGCUCAGCACCCCCACUAGCACGGCAAAUGUACCGGAGUCAUCGAUUAAUGGAUCAGCUGGCGCUGGUGCUAGUGGCCCAGCUACACCAACCAGUCCCAGUUCACUGCUGCCAAUACGGCGGAAGAGUGGAAUUGCGCUACCGAAGCGUACCAAUCUGACGAUGAAAUCGAAUCCCGACGUAUUGAAGGGCAAACUGGAUGGGGUGCGAAAUGCUUUCUCUAGGAACACUACGGCAGCUGCGGUUAAGACCGGCUCGCGAUGAGAGAUGAUGGCCACGAACGAUGGAUGGUUCUGUUAGAUGUGAAGGUAUGUUUGAAUAGGUCUUUUCGAAUUUCCGCUCAGUGAAUUGAGAGGUCGGUUGAGGUUUUUCUCUCUAUAAACCAGUUAGUAACAGCGUCCGUUUUCCCAUUUUACUUGCAGGUCUACAUAUUUUAAAAGAUCCCAUUUAUCCCCUCCCACAAAAAACUUUUUUCAAUGUUUUAUUCCUACUACAACGUCAACGAAAAUGCUACGCAUUGCUUAAAAAAAUAUGCAAUCCAGAAUCGUAUUCAUUUAUGUUUGUUUUGCCUUAUUAUCUAAGUUACCGUUAUUCUGUAUUACAUUUUAUUCAAACCAAACAAAGUUUUAGAAAACGGAAAUUUCAAUUGGUCCUGUUAAAUAAAAGGUGAACUCUUGUUUUGCUUUGAUAAAACAAGUAGGUAUAAAAGACCAACUUUGCAGAACGGAAGAAACUGAUCAACAUCGUAAAGCUAUCGCUUUUGUCUCGAGAGGAAAGACUUUACAGAACUACACAAAUGUAACGCCGAUUUGGAACUACAUCAUGUGUAGACAAAACAGAGCAACUGAAACUGAAACUAAAAAUCAUAUGUAUAUUCGAAAGAAAAAAAUGAUUUAAAAAAAUCUAGUCGUAAAAUGUUCUUGAACAUCGAUUUCCCCAGUUUUGUGAAUGCAAGUUUAUAUUUAAAUAUUAUCUGAAUUAGUCAGCAGACUGUAUGUAAAAGUUUUUCGUUAAGAAUGUUCCCUGCUUAAUCAACAGCUUAAAUUUACCCAAGAAAAAAACAAGAUCUGCUUUCUUCAACUGAACUUAAAUCAUGCUUUAGCUUUAGCGUACAUACUCUUGUACUCUCGCAUAUAUUCAUAUGAACUUCUAUAAUAAUAUUGUACCAACUUUAGCGUUGCUUUGGCUAGUGGCUGAAAGUUUACGAUCAGGAAAUGUUCUAUAUCUGAUUUCAUUAGUAUUUAAUGGCGUUUAUGUUUAAAUAUUUAUAGAAAAUUAAUUUUUAAAACAACGGAUUACACAGGAUAACUUUUUAUUUAUGAUUAUUUGAAAAUGUUUUGUUUUAACCACACAUCUGCAUAAGCUGCAAAAUUUUGUCCAUAUCAAACAUUUUUCUUCCGGAUAAAAUUUUAUGCAGAAAAAAAAAUCGAUCAAAAACAAAAUCCUAUCAAUGGAAUAAAUCGAACGGUUCCAAAUUGUACUUAUAGCCGAAGUCAAAGUCCAAAUCCAAUUGAGAUUAUAGUUCUUUAGAAAUUGAAAUUCGGAGAACGAAAUUUAAUUAGCGGUCAACGUUUAAAGUGAAAUAAGUCGUAAAAUCGAAUACCGUUUGUUUUUGAUAACCAGACGUCUAUUUAACUCGCUUUUGUGGAUGUUUGGUCCUAUCGGAGGAAAUUUGUAACAUAUAUAACUUCUAUAAUCCAAUCAGUAGAGUUUUAGACGGAAAGGUUAAACGCGAUUACAUCACUGAUUAGUCCAAAUAUUAUAGGGCGACCGUUGUGAGUUUUUGAACCAAUUCGUAUUAUAGAAAAAAGAGGAAGAAACCCAAAAAAUAAGGACUCGCGUUGUAAUGUCGGAUUAAUAAAUUAUAAACCAUUACUAUUACAUAAUAUCCAAAAUUAUUACCGUGCUAU